AUGAUACUUUACCUAUUUCAGAGUUUCGAGUAUGCUGUGGAAGUGCUUCGUAGCGUACAGAGCUGUGAUUUUCUACCAGUUGUCAUAAUAGAAAACAAAAUAGAUCUCAUCGAUGAGUACGAUUUCUCCAAUAAGGACGUCAUUGAGAAUUCCAUUAAACAAUCAAGGAUACGACUAUACAGGGUUUCAGCCAAGCACGACUUCAAUGUGAUGCACCCAUUUGCCUACGUCUUGGAAAAGCUACUGCGAUACAGUGACGAGAACGCCAACGUUGAUGAAAAAAGUGGUUUUCGACUUGGGCGGUCGUCGUCUCGCGAAGGCUGGAUAGAACCGUCUACGACGAGUUCAAGGAAAAAGAACACCAGUUGUUCUAUAAUGUAA